CAUAACCGCAACGAGUUCAGUUUGAUUGCAAACAUCAACCAUAAAGUGACUUAGCGAAGAAGAAAGCAAAAACAAAUUCAAGAGUUUCUGCGAUAAAAAAAGUUCAAAAAUAAUUAUUUUCAAUACAAUUUUUUGAGUGAAAAUAUUUCUAAACAUUUAAGAAAAAGUGCAAUUAUUUCUAAUAUAAAGACUUAAUAAGUGAAGAAAAAAAUCUACAACAAUGCAGCAAAACAACAACAGCCACCUGCUGCGAAAAGCCUUCGGCUUUGCCUAUCUGCUCUCACUACUGCUGCUGCUCAGCGGCCACACACCCUCGGUGGAGGCGCGCCCCAUGGAUCUGUAUGAUGAUGUCGGUGAUUUCUUUGACGCUGUCUCACUGGACGAUGUGCCCGUUUCGGGGCGCACAGCACCGGAAACCUUCUGUCGCAUGCCAAUACGCAAGGGCGUCUGUCGCGCGCUCAUCCCACGCUUCAGCUAUGAUCCCAGCCGCAGGACUUGUGUGGAGUUCAAAUUCGGCGGCUGCGAUGGCAACGAGAACAACUUCUCCAGCUAUGAGGCGUGCAUGGCCACGUGUGAGGGCAUGUAAAUAUGUGUGUGCGGUGUACUCGUAUAAGUGCCGCUUAAGUGUAGUAAUGUUCCUCAUACGCCCAGAAAUUGCCAAUUGCAGGCUCCACAAGCAUCACAUCCCAACGCAUCGUCAUCUUGAAUAAACCGUUAUAUACAUAUUUGUCCAGCGCAAGCUUAAAUAAUCGUUUAUGGCGCGCUUCCAUUCCAAACCGUGUUCAUGGCAUUUAUUUACAUAUUUCUUUAGCUUUAAGUAUAUUUUACAAUAUUAUUUUUAAUUUUUUACUUUUUAUGCAUACAAAACGCAAAUUCAAUGCACCAACGCACAUCUUCCAUUGGCUUCAAAGUGAAAUUUC